AAAGAAUAAUAAUCAUCUUUUCUUUUGGAUUAUUUAUGCUACUUGGCUAGGCUUGUACUGAUGGAUUUCUGAAGUUUAGAAAUGCGAUGAAGAAGCUACUGUAAUGAAAGUUUCUUUAAUGUGAGAAAAUUAUUUUGAAAUUCACUUUAGUUUCUUUUUUUAAAUUAUAUGUAAAAAAAAUCUGUGAAAGGCACGCAUCUCUAUUUUUGGUCUUAAUCUUCAAAAAAAAAAUUCUCAAUGUUUUCUAAUUAAAUUUAUUUUAUUGUUUUAUUUUUAUUUCUGUUUUUAUUUUUGUUGUUGUUGCUGUCGAAAGGAGAAAAAUGUACUUACACCCAAAUGUUAUUUUCUUCUUUGUCUUUAUUAGCAAAAACAAAACUUUUCUCCAAAUAGAUGUAUUCUUUUUAACUUUUAAAAAUGAAUUACAUUUUUUUUUUCUCGAAAGUAGAUUCUCUUUGAAAAAAUUCACUCCAAAGUUCAUCUGUUAAAACCCAUAAAGACGGGUGCAGUUUGCAGUUUAAGUUUCUAUUCAGUUGAUUAUUUCAAACUCAAGGUUCAUAAAAUAUGCGCAGUUCAAAUUAAGACAAAUCAAAUCUAUUUUUACAGUGCAAAAUACCUCUUCAAGAACUAUACAACAACCGACGGCAGUGUAAAUGAGGAUGUAAAAUAAUAUGAUGUAAAAAAACACAUUGACUAGAUUCCAGUCAGCCUAAGAAAACAAAUGCUUUCAUGUAAAAUUUCGCCAAGGGUAAAACAAAAUACAAACAUUCAUCUUGAUCAGUUCAGAAACGGGGGGUGUACAGACUUUUGAUAUCCACUUUAUGCGACACAGGGCCCUCUCUUCUCGUACUUGUGGCCGUACCUAAUGUUGUGUCUGUCUAAUGUAUACCCGGUCACGACGUGACACGUCACCGUUGCUCCCCGGCAGGGCGAUCAGCCGCGAGGCCGCCAGGAAGAGGCGGCGAGUGGAGUCGGACGUGUUUGCGGAUUUAGUGCGCCUGCUGCCCCUCCGAGCCUCCGUCAGGGCUCACCUUGACAAGCCCACCGUUAUCCGCCUGGCUCUCUGCUACAUCCGACUUAAAACACUGCUCAAAGACGCGAUGUACGCGUCAAAGUUUUUCAUGAGGGGAGCCGACCUCCAUCAGAAUUUGAAGGACGAGAUGGAGGCCGUGGACGAGACCGAUGUCUACCUGAGGGUCCUGGAGGGAUUUGUCAUGGUGCUCUCCUCCGAGGGGGACAUGAUGUUCCUUUCCGACAACGUCGGCCGCUACCUGGGCCUCACGCAGACAGAGCUAAUGGGCCACAAUGUUUUUGAGUUUACGCACCCCUGUGACCACGAAGAAAUCAGAAGUAACCUCCGCCUUUCUGCAGAAGAGUUUUGGAGCGACGCAAAACGUGACUUUGUGGUGAGGAUUAAAAGCACGCUAACCCUCACAGGACGAAGCACCAACCUCAAGUCGGCCACGUGGAAGGUGUUGCAGUGCCAGGGCCGAACGAUGACUCGCGCUGACCCCUUCCUGGCCUCCUGCCUGCUGCUCAUUUGUCGUCCUCUGCCCGUGUCUCACACGCUCCUCUGCUCUCGCACCUUCAGCAGCCAGCACAGCAUGGACAUGAGGUUCAUGCACUGCGACCACAGAGUGACGUCAAUUUUAGGGUACACGCCCCACGAGCUGGUGGGUCGCUCCAUCUACGAGCUUUGUCACACGCUGGACACAGUCUGUUUGAGCAAAUAUCACAUCAACUUGUACACCAAGAGCCAGUCGGUGAGCGGUCGCUACAGGAUGCUGGUGAGGGGCGGCGGGUACGUGUGGGCGGAGAGCCACAGCGCCGUGGUACCAGGGCCCCGAGCGCCCAAGUCGAGAGCCGGGGCCCUGCGGCCCCUCUUGAUCUUCUGCGUCACCUACGUGCUGAGCAGCGUGGAGGAGCCCUUCCUGCAACUCUCCCUGGAACAAAAUAUACAGCAUCGCUACGUGAGCUGCAGCUAAGGAAGUGACGCAGACCUUAAAACGGUCCGUUUCCCAGCGGAGUCCGUCAUUGCUGAUGCGGCAUUUCGACACGAAGUGCAACUGAAGAAAUGAUGCUCGCUGAAACGACGGAGCCCUUAAAACGGUCCGUUUCUCUACGCAGUCCGUCAUUGCGGUUUGCGGUCAUUUCAAUGCGCGGAGCAACUGAAGAACCGAUGCGCUCCCGAGACAAACCGGCCCUUAAAACGGUCCGUUUCUCUAUGGAGUCCGUCAUUGCAUUCUGCAGGCAUUGCAAUGUGGCGAUUUGCAGCAGGAUACUUUUUUAUUUGUUUCAUUUUGUUUAGGAAAUUCAGCAGUAGGCAUGUCUAUCGUUUUGGCUUGAAGCAGUCGUUUUAGGGUCAUUUUUGUGUUUACUUAGCAACAUGUCGUUUGGUACCUAUAGCUAUCAUAAGUACACCCACAAAAAUGUCUCAAGAACCCCUGCCGUAAAACAAAGAGCAGGUCCGCCAUUUUAGUUUGAAAUGUACAUUUUAGGCUCCGUUUGGCCAUUUGCAGGCCUCCUUUUUAUCAGCCGUGUAAAACUAAAAGCCCAAAACGAUUGUCGACGGUUUUGAUUGUGGUCGUCGGACCGCUACGGGCGAGAGUGACGAAAGUGACCCCUUUGACUUGUUCCUGACCUCGCGCUUUACUUCCUUUGGGGUUUCCUUCUGGGUCACCUGACACGUGGGGUGACAGCGAAGGCGUCAGACAUUGGCUACACGCACACGGGUGCGUGCGCACACACACACGUGCAGCGUGCGUAAGGUGUGUCGAUGGGGAGAUGUGAGCAGACGCGAGGCGAAGCCGCAACUUCCUGAAGAGAGACGCUCGGUAGGAGAGUUCUCGUGGGAACCUUUUCAACUUUUUACCUCUUGGCCCUCACACACACACACACACACACACGCACGCACAGUUUCGAUUCAACUGAUUUUACAACGACGACUAGAAGAAGACGUUCUCGGGUUCAGGAUGUGUGGUUUAAAUGCAGCUGAAUUGUAUUUCAUUUCAUUUUCUAAUAAAAAAAUCUUCAUCCAUA